AUACAUAUUAUAGUCUACAUAGCUCAUACUAAUCUGUAUCCAACUUCACUAUUGUUUCAAACUAACAGACUAAUAAAACGGUGUUCUGCUGGUAUUUUGUGAGCUUUUUUUUAGAAAGUAUGAAACUCAUGCUUUACCGGAGUAAAACUGCGCCGCCCCUAUAAGACACACCUUUCUGUCAUCCAGUGGUUUGUACGGAGGGCGGUGCCCAUGCUGGGUGUGAGGCUGCCGGGUCCCGGGACAGCAAAAUCGACCAGGCAUCUUCUUAGCAUCACAAGCAGAGAGUGACACGGCUGAUAUGGCGGUUGAGGCGGAAGGGCUCCGGGUCUUUCAGAAGGUAAACAUAAAAAUAGGCGAGGCAAAGAACAUCAUACCUUACCCAGGACCCACCCGCAUGCGGGACUGCUACUGCACCAUCAACCUGGACCAGGAGGAGGUCUUCAGGACCAAGGUCAUUGAGAAAUCCUUAUGCCCUUUCUACGGAGAGGAAUUUUUCUGUGAAAUCCCACGGAGCUUCCGUCAGCUGUCCUUUUACAUUUUUGAUAGAGACGUAUUCAAGAGGGACUCCAGCAUUGUAAUGAAAAUGUCUGUGUGCCCUGCAGGGGAUCAGGACGUUCAGUACACGGCCGUCAGCAGUUUUAUCUACCUGCGCUUUUUUGCUGCGGCUGUUCUCACCCCCAGCCUUUUCCAGCUUCGGCCUCACUACCCGGACCCCUCUACCUCCCGAACCCUGACAUUGAUUUCCAAGACCAUACAGACCCUUGGGAGCCUCUCCAAGUCCAAGUCUGGCAGCGUCAAAGAGUCAUACAUGGCUGCCUUUUAUGACCACUUCAGUGAGGAGGAAUACACGGCUGCUGUGAAAGAUUUUCUGGACCUGAUCUCAUCCUCUCAGAGGUGGGACCAGAAUGUCAUUGAAACACCAGUGACGCUGAAAGAAGGGUUCAUGAGAAAAAGAGCCUGGGGUAGGAAAUGCUGUGGCCUGAAGAGUUUUCAGAAGAAAUGGUUCCGUCUCACUAACCAUGAGUUCAUAUACCGUAAAAACAAAGGCAGUGGGAUGCUCCACCGCAUCCCUGUAGAAAACAUCCUCGCAGUGGAACGUCUGGAAGAGGAAUCUUUUAACAAGAAGAAUAUGUUUCAGGUCAUCCAGCCAGAGAGGACACUCUACAUUCAAGCCACUAACUGUGUGGAGGCACGUGAUUGGAUCAACAUCCUCACCAAAGUCAGCCAGUCCAACCGCCAGCGCCUGAGCACCUACCACCCAUUGGCCUUCCUCGAUGACCUCUGGCCGUGCUGCGGAUUGGCUGCAGACUCUGCUCCAGGAUGCACUCCCUGCACAGGAGUUCUACCAGACAACAUCGAGCUCGACAUUGAUGGAGAUCGAGAAACAGAACGCAUCUUCUGCCUCUUCAGCAGAUACAUGGACAGGCUGGAGAAGAUGCAAGAGGCAUGUGGCAGCAAGGCUGUCUACCACGGGCUGGAGCUAAACGACGACUUCAUCAUAGAUGACCCACAGGAGACCUACAAGACGCUCAAGCAAAUCAUGGCGUUUGUGCGUCUGCUCAAGCUGGAACAUGCUCAAUAUAAGCGUGAAAAGUUUAGGAAAACGAGAUAUGGCAGCGAGGAAUAUCCAAUCGGAGACAGCAACUUUCAGUGCUUCAUCACCCAGCUGUCUGAAAACUCUGCACAUGGCAUCUGACCCUACAGCAGCACUGACCAGGACCAUGCUCUGAGCUCCAGUGGUCCAACAGCACUUCCCUUCCUGUCCCUUUAGAAGGACAUUUCCCACAAAAAUAUAGGGGGUGCAUUUGCACUUUAAAUACCCAAACAUUAGGGUGAAGCCAAUAGACGGCAUCUUUUAAAUGUACUUUUUAUGCUGA